CUUGGGCUACUCUGUGAUUGGGCAAAAAUUCCGAGGUCGGACGGACCGCAGUUCCCACUAAUGCGGUCGAUUCCUGGAUGGCAAGUGGGAAACCGAUUCAAGACAAAUCAUUGCUGCUGGACGUUUCAGAUUUCAAGUGUUGAAGCCUUCCAUCCAGAAAGAAUGGGACUUUUAUGCAUUUGUCUGCUCAUUUGUGAGAUAAUCCUGUUGUCGGACUGUGCACGGGGGCCUCCCCGCGUGGCAGAGAAGAUCGCCCACCGGCAGACGGUGCGGAUCGGGCGCACCAUGAAGCUGCAGUGCCCAGUGGAGGGCGACCCGCCACCCCUCAUCAUGUGGACCAAGGACGGCCGCAACAUCCACAGCGGCUGGAUGCGCUUCCGGGUGCUGCAGCAGGCACUGCGCAUAAAAGAUGUGGAGGCCGAGGACUCAGGCACCUUCAUCUGCAAGGCCACCAAUGGCUUCGGCAGCGUCAACAUCAACUACACCCUCAUCAUCAUCGAUGACGCCAGCACUGGGAGGGAUGGAACUGGAACAGCGGGAGACGCAGAAUACAGCACUGACCAGUCAGGGAAAUUUGUCCGACCACGCUUCACACAGCCAGCCAAGAUGAGGAAGCGCGUGAUAGCCAGGCCAGUGGGCAGCUCAGUACGGCUGAAGUGCAUGGCUAGCGGGAACCCUCGUCCAGAUAUCGUGUGGGUGAAAGACAGCAAGCCGCUGACCCCUGGGGAGGUGGGCGAGGACCGUAAGAAGAAGUGGACUCUGAGUCUGAAGAACCUGACCCCUGAGAACAGCGGGAAGUAUACCUGCCACGUUUCCAACCGGGCUGGAGAGAUCAACGCCACAUACAAAGUGGAAGUCAUCCAGCGGACAAACUCCAAGCCCAUCCUGACCGGCACUCAUCCGGUGAACACCACAGUAGACUAUGGUGGCACCACAUCGUUCCAGUGCAAGGUGCGCAGUGAUGUCAAGCCGGUGAUUCAGUGGCUGAAGCGGGUGGAGCCGGGGAACGAGAACAAGUACAACUCCACCAUCGAGGUGGGCGACCAUCGCUUCGUGGUGCUGCCCACGGGAGAUGUAUGGUCCAGGCCAGAUGGCUCCUACCUCAACAAGCUGCUCAUCACCCGCGCCAAGGAUGAGGAUGCUGGCAUGUACAUCUGCCUGGGCGCCAACACCAUGGGCUACAGCUUCCGCAGUGCCUUCCUCACCGUGCUGCCAGACCCAAAGCCUCACCACAUCCCCGUCCCCACAGCCAUCUCUCCCAGCCUGCCCUGGCCUGUGAUCAUUGGCAUCCCAGCCGGCGUGGUGUUCAUCCUGGGUACUGUUCUGCUGUGGUUCUGCCAGUCCAAACACCAUUGCUCCUCUGGAAGGGUAGUUACCACCCAUGCCUCACAGCGCCCACCCCCCCGGGUGCCAGCCUGCCCACCACAUAGCGUGGACAAAGACUGCCUGGGCUCUCUCACCUAUGAGGAGUACAUUACCCAGCAGCAGCAGCUCCUUCUGGCCCAGGGAGGCAACGGCCUGGAGGUCCCCAAAGUCUACCMAAAGAUCUACACGGACAUUCACACACACACCCACUCACACGUGGAUGGCAAAGUGCACCAACACCAGCACAUUCACUACCAGUGUUAGUUGCCACUGUCUCGACAGGGAUGCUCAUAUGUACAAAAGCCCUAAUUAAUGCAGUGUUGGGUCGGCUCCCACCACCUACACCUUCGCCUCCUCCACGUGCCCAGUCCUGCCUUGAUCCUACAGACCCAGACAAACAGUCUGGGCCCGGGUGCUUCACAAAAACCCCCUGACUGCUACAUACUGUUCUGUACUGAACAAAGCCUAGAGGAACAUGGAUCCAGUCAGGAUAUAACCCUCCAUGAGGUACAGAACAAGGGACAUGGCAAUGCCGUUCAGGAAUCCCACAUGUAAUAAUGUGAGUCCAAAUGGAGUAACAUUUCAUACAGACAUUUCACAUUAAACUCCACUCUGCAGAGAAAUAGCAACAUUUGUUUCUCUAGUCUAGAACAAUAUGAGCAAACUCACAGUGGCUGAAAUGAGUGAAUGUAUACAUUUAGCUAUGUCUCAUUUGAGAGUCUUUACUCUGUAUGAAAAUGGCAGCAUGUCCUGCAACAUCCCAUCUCCUCUCUGGCCUGCUUUCAUGUGCAGUGACUUUGUAAGGGGCUAAGAGGAUCAUGUACAUUAGCUCUGGAUUUUUGUCAGAUGCACAACCUCAGCGAGUAACAAAAGGAGUAAGGUGCGAUGUUAAGUGUUUUCAGAUUUUAUGGUUUGGUGAUGGAUUGUAUCAGAAUCCUCAUGUGCCAUCCUGAGUACCUCAGAAGCAGGUCAACCAGCAGAGACAAAGUGUGAUUGAGCAAACAAAGGUCGAAUGUAUUCUGUUUCUCAAAAUGGUUAUCGUCAAGGAAAAGGACCUGCAAGGCAUUACAAUAUAUAUUUUGUCUAUUGUA